AUGAAAAUAGAAAUUAUCUCCAUUGGAGACGAACUACUUAUAGGUCAGACGAUCAAUACAAAUGCCUCUUGGAUGGGGAAGGAAUUAGCCAAGAUUGGCAUCAAGAAUAACCGAACAACUACUAUUAGUGAUACUCAUAAUGAAAUAUGGGAAGCGCUUUCCAUAGCUGAAUCUCGUUCUGAUUUGAUUCUAAUUACUGGAGGACUUGGCCCAACAAAAGAUGAUAUUACCAAAAAAGUUUUGUGCGAAUACUUCGACACAACAUUAAUCUUACAUCAAGAAGUUUUAACUGAUAUCCAAGCUUAUUUUGAAGCAAGGAAUAAACCUUUUUUAGAAGUAAACCAUUUACAGGCAAUGCUUCCUGAAAAGGCUUCCGUAUUAAGGAACCAUGUGGGUACUGCUUCUGGAAUGUGGUUCGAAAGAAAUGGAAAAGUAUUUGUUUCAAUGCCUGGUGUUCCCUAUGAAAUGAAACACCUUAUGGAGACUGGAGUUUUACCUAAAGUAAAAGAAAAAUUUCAACUCAAUGAAUUAGCUCACCGAACUGUACUAACACAUGGAAUUGGAGAAUCGUAUUUGGCUGAAAUUAUUACUGAUUGGGAGAAUCGACUCAGAGAUUCUGGACUUGACAUGGCCUACCUACCUUCACCAGGGUUAGUAAAGUUGAGAGUCACUUCUACUCAAGGAAUUGCAGGUCCUACUGGCGGAACAGAAGACAAACCCGUUGGGACAGUUUGGAUCUCAGCAAGAAGCAAAGAAAAGAUAAUCUCAAAGCGGUUUAAUUUUGGUAAUAACCGUGAAAGAAACAUUACACAGUCAGCGUUAGCUGGUUUUAACAUGCUUCGCAAACUAAUUUUAGAAGAACUAUAA